UAAUGACGUCAUUGGCAUUUCCAAGAUGGCUGCGGUUCAGGGCCGGAGUAGAGUGGGAGCUAGAGAGCACAAUUCCCGGUUUUAACCUCGAGAUUGUUGUUUGUUUGUGAGCUAUCGUUUAAAAAGGUAAUCGUCUGCCGUCAGAGACACCGCCCGCGUCACGUCUCAGUAAUCAGGCGAAAAUUUUCCGACAUGGUAUGGAGGAGGAAGUGCUAACUGAUGCUGCGGCUAGCUCAGUGCUAACUGUGACGCUAAGGCUAGCUCAGUGCUAACUGUGACGCUAAGGCUAGCUCAGUGCUAACUGACGCUAAGGCUAGCUCAGUGCUAACUGACACUAAGGCUAGCUCAGUGCUAACUGUGACACUAAGGCUAGCUCAGUGCUAACUGUGACACUAAGGCUAGCUCAGUGCUAACUGUGACACUAAGGCUAGCUCAGUGCUAACUGUGACGCUGCGGCAAGCUUAGUGCUAACUGUGAUGCUGCGGCAAGCUCAGUGCUAACUGUGACGCUAAGGCUAGCUCAGUACUAACUGUGACGCUAAGGCUAGCUCAGUGCUAACUGUGACGCUAAGGCUAGCUCAGUGCUAACUGUGACGCUAAGGCUAGCUCAGUGCUAACUGUGACGCUAAGGCUAGCUCAGUGCUAACUGUGACGCUAAGGCUAGCUCAGUGCUAACUGUGACGCUAAGGCUAGCUCAGUGCUAACUGUGACACUAAGGCUAGUUCAGUGCUAACUGCCGGUACUGCGUCUAGCUCAGUGUAACUGUGGUGCUGCGUCUAGCUCAGUGCUAACUGGUACUGUUGUUAUGGAGCCGAGUGAAGACUGGGAACGGAGCCGAGGAGCGUGUCAGAGACGGUUUGAUUAGACAGGCGUGUUUGAGAAAGUUUUGGCUUUUGUUUGUCUGAUGUGAGCGCGGAAACUCACAGCUUCACCUCUGUCUCUGGCUGUGGAUUAAAGUGUUCUUUACGCCGAGUGACCGCGCACAGACACCGGGUCACUGAGGCGCCGUUGGGAUCGCUACCGGUCAUGACACCGUUACCGGACGCGCCGAGUCACCGAGGCUGCUGAUGGGCAGACCGACACCAUCCGCCGCUCAUGUUACGGAUAACCGAUGCGAAAUGGACGGACCGGACCCCCAGGAGGACAACUUCCGGCACGGCGACAGCCGCCCUACGCGAGCUGAGGGCGACCAGGACCGUGCGGUACCGCGUAACACGAGUCCAGCUAAUCAGGGCACCGCGAUCAAGCUCCCGAACGGUCAUGUGAGCUGCAUGUGCGACGCCCGUGACUCGUCUCCACAGUGCUCGGGUGAGGUGGUGGUUAACGGUGAACUGUUGUCAGUUGCUGAAUCCUCAACUGCCCCUUCUACUAGUUCCCCCUUGUGCACUUCGAGACCUCAGUCCGGUCAUGUGAGCCCACAAGACGAUGAGGACGAGCCCAGAGGUCGCAGGUCAUCGUCAUCCAGCUCUGAGGCUGUCGACGGGACUCGGGAAUCGGAAACGGCGUCUAAUGACUGCUUAUCCGAAGCCGAGCCGUGCUCCUCCCGGACUCUCUCGAGCCCCGAGGACAGCGAGUCCUGCUCGGACCCGGCGUUCAUGGACGUGAGCCUGAGCUCGAGGAACACGUACGAAAUCAGCCGCCGCCAGAGCGCCCCGGACAACGUGGCCGAGCCGGCAGAGCCGGACCUGAGACAGAAGAAACACGGCAUCUCGGAGAUCUUCGGCAGGGGCCUUUUCUCCAGAAAGCAGAAGGAGUCUGCGAGUGCUCCUGGCUGGAAGCUGUUCGGGAAGGUCCCGCUGAGAGAAAGCCCUCCCAAAGACUCCAAAACCAUCCAACAGGAGAGUAACCCAGGCAAUCUCACGUCCGUCUCAACUCCCAAUCUGUUAAGCGCAGGGGAAUACGAGGCUAAAACCGUCAAAGGAGCCCAUAGCCCUUCCCAGCCUUCUCAAGGUCGGCGUAAGAACCUGGAGUUCGAACCGCUGUCCACUACGGCGCUCAUAUUAGAAGACCGGCCAGCUAACCUUCCCGCUAAACCCGAGGAGGAAGCUCAGCGCCACCGGCAGGAAUACGACGAAAUGGUGGCCGAGGCCAAGAGGAGAGAGCUGAAGGAAGCCCAGAAGAAGAAGCAGCAGAUGAAGGAGCGCUUCAAGCAGGAGGACAGCAUCGUUAACGCCAUGGUGGUGUGGAACACGGAGGUCCUGCCUAACUGGGACAGCAUGCGCGGCACACGCAGGGUUAAGGAUCUGUGGUGGCAGGGACUUCCUCCAAACGUCCGUGGCAAAGUGUGGAGCCUGGCCAUCGGCAACGAGCUCAACAUCACCCCAGAGCUGUACGAGAUCUUCCUCUCCCGGGCUAAAGAGCGUUGGAGGAGCUUCAGAGAGACGGGCAGCGAGGCCGAGGCAGAGGCGGACAGCGGAGCGUCUCUGGCGGAUCGGGAAUCCAGCCUGGAUCUGAUCAAGCUCGACAUUUCCCGCACCUUCCCCUCGCUCUUCAUCUUCCAGAAGGGAGGACCGUACCACGAUCUCCUACACAGCGUACUGGGAGCCUACACCUGCUACCGGCCCGACGUCGGAUACGUGCAGGGCAUGUCGUUCAUCGCCGCCGUGUUGAUCCUGAACCUGGAGGAAGCCGACGCCUUCAUCGCUUUCGCCAACCUCCUAAAUAAACCGUGUCAGAUGGCGUUCUUCCGCGUGGACCACGAGCUGAUGCUGAAGUACUUUAGUGUGUUCGAGGUGUUCUUUGAGGAAAAUCUCCCCCGCAUGUUCAGUCACUUCCAAAGCUCCAACCUCACUCCAGACCUCUACCUGAUCGACUGGAUUUUCACACUCUACAGCAAGUCUCUGCCGCUGGACGUGGCGUGCCGCGUGUGGGACGUGUUCUGCCGAGACGGUGAAGAGUUCCUUUUCCGCACGGCCCUGGGGAUCCUGCGCCUGUACGAGGACGUGCUCGUCCACAUGGACUUCAUCCACAUGGCGCAGUUCCUCACGCGUCUGCCAGAGCACGUCUCCGCCGAGCGCCUCUUCAGCUCCAUAUACAGCAUACACAUGACCAGCAGCAACCGCAAAUGGCCCCAGGUUUUCAGCACACUAAUGAAGGACAAGGAAUCGGACAAAAGCGGCAGCCCGACCCUGAAAAGCUCCUGACGGACGUCUCGUCACUUCCCACGUCUCGCUCUCGAGUCUCCGGGUUGUCGUGAGCGAGAGAAACGUCAAGGAGUCUGAAGUAGAACUGGUUCUGUUUAUGAUAUGAUGUGCAGUAUUACAGACAUUGACCAGUGGAUUAGAUGUAGGUGAAAAUGUGACACAGUUCCAGAGUGUGACAUAAAUAAACACACACACACACACACACUUCCUACCGGGGGAAAAAAUUCCACCAGCACGUCGAUUCGCUGCGCAACAUCUUUGUUGCUCAGAAACGUGGACCGACACAAGCAGCCGUCGACCGCGUCACGUGCUACCGCUGCUUUCUUCCUCCAUCAGUUCCGAUGUUGCACUUAAAGCUGUGAUGUUCAUGAAGGAUCUCAUUAACACUACUCUUAAACAGAGGCUCAUGACCUUGAAGUACUUUCGUCUUAAGACCUCAGACCUCAUCUCCGUUGUCUAUGACGCACAACGAGGGUUUGAAAAGCAGCAGGAAGCUUUGCAUGGCUUUUUCCACAGUCAACUUUUCAUCCCGCGAGAGUCUAGUCGGUUACGGGACGAGGUUUUAUUCCCGAUCCACACGAACACACCCGCAGCUCUUCAGCCGUGACCAAAAGAAGAAGAAGAAAAAAAGACACUAAAUUAUCAAAUCGCCCGAACGCUCAAGCGAAACCUUCGCGUCUUAUUAUACGUAUUGUGCGUUUCUGUCUGUUUUAAUAUUCGACCAAAUGUAUCUGCUCCGUCGUGGGAAUUUUCUUUGUCAUGGUGGAAAAAAAAAAACCAAACGAAUCAAAAAGGCUUCGAACGUUCCGCGUCUCGGAUUCCUGAUUUUUAAAACGUUUUAACUUUCUUUUCUAUUACACUCCCUGCGGUUGUACAGUUUUUCAUACUCUGUAUAAUUGAGCAGAAUUGUAAAUAUGUUAUGAAGUGGACACUAAAAUUAGAGCACAUGUAAAUAAACCCGAGAGUGGAAACGUGA